AUGGGUAUCCAAGGCCUUCUUCCUCUCCUCAAGUCUAUCCAGAGACCGACGGAGCUCAAAAACCUUGAAGGCUUGACACUUGGUGUCGAUGGCUACGGCUGGCUGCAUCGAGCUGCUUACUCUUGCGCCGUAGAGCUCGGCCAGGGCAAACCAACGACAAGAUAUGUAACAUCGGCCCUGCAGCGCGUGCGCAUGCUCAAGCACUUUGGUGUCAAGCCUUACCUUGUGUUUGAUGGCGACUACCUCCCGAGCAAGGCAGCCACUGAGGACAGCCGCGAGAAGAGCCGCAAUGACAAGAAGAAGCUGGCAAUGGAGCUUCUUAAGGCUGGCAAGAAGGCUUUGGCUGCACAAGAGUUCCAGAAGUGUAUUGACAUCACUCCCGAGAUGGCAUCCAACCUCAUUCAGCAACUCAAGAAGAUGGACAUCCCGUACGUCGUCGCUCCGUACGAGGCUGACGCUCAGCUCGUCUACCUUGAGCGCAAGGGCCUCAUUGAUGGAAUUCUUUCGGAUGACUCCGAUCUGCUUGUGUUUGGGGCAAAACGACUGUUGACCAAGCUCGAUCAGUACGGCCACUGCAUCGAAAUCAAUCGCCGCGAUUUUUGUGCAUGCAGGGAGGUUUCUUUGACAGGGUGGACCGACCAAGACUUCCGACGCAUGGCCAUCCUCAGCGGCUGCGAUUACACGAAAGGUUUGCCGGGCGUCGGCUUGAAGACGGCAUAUCGAUUGCUGCGAAAAUCGAAAACGCCGGAGAGGGUGGUGCAGAUGGUGCAGCUGGGCGGCAAGCGCGUUUCAGAAAACUAUCUGUCCGAGUUCUACCAAGCUGAGCUGACUUUCCUCCACCAAUGGGUGUUCUGUCCGGAAAAGCGAGAGUUGGUCCAUCUGACGGAUCUCGACAAUCGUCGAACUGCGGAGGAGAUGCCAUAUAUUGGAGCGUACGUGGAACCAUCGGUGGCACGACAAAUCGCCGAGGGAGACGUCGACCCCAUCACAAAGACUCCGAUUGCCACCGCCACUACUCCGUCGAAACGUAGACACUCGCAAGCAGCGGUCGCUGCGGUGCCAGCGCCACCACCCCCGAAGCCCAUCACAAACUACUUCAAAGGAAAUAACCGCAUUCCGAUGGGUACCAUGGACCCCAACUGCUUCAAGGUUGACGAGCAAAGACUGGCGCAGCUCACAGACGAGGGUUCCGCUCCAAGGGUCUUCCCUCUUCCACGGCCGUAUCUAGAUACAGCCCGCCCGCCAACGGCAAGACAAAGCACGGGAGGAGUGCCUACGCGAACUUCACCGAGGCUCCAGCGCAGACGGACCGAGCCCAUCCAGAAUAUGCUUGCUAGUAUGGAGCCAGCCGGCAGACGACCUCAACCUACCAAAGGCGACGGUUCAACGAGACCGCCUAAGAAAGCACGACUUUGUGAUGACUCAAACGAGCAAGAUGACUCACCAAAAAAGAGCAAGUUCUUCAGCGUCAAAAAGACAUCCACACACUCGCACGUUCCGUCGGAUGGGACAUUCGAAGCGCUGAUGGAUUUGCCCGACUUUGAGGGAUUCAGCUCCCCUAACCCGACGAAGAAGUCCAUUUCUAUCUACGAGGAGACAUCGCCGUCCAGAGGCAAGGGCAAGGCGAAAAUUUCCAUCAAGGACGAUAGCCAGGAAUCUGGCAUAUCGACAAGCCAAGAAACAGCGAACUCGAGCAUGACCGAAAUCACCUUCAGCCAGCAGCCCGAUAGCCUAGACCUUCCUCCGUCUCCCACAAGGUCGAUGCCGCCGCCAAAGAGAGCAAGUCGACUGCACGCGGCCAACACGCCGUCUCGACGCAGCCUAGACCGGUACUCCUUCGCACCUACACCUUCUGACACACCGGCAUCCGAUGCAUCCCGCUGCUCUUCCGUCUUCAGUUCUGUCUCUACUCCAGCCACCGGCCCGUCAACGGCUGGCGGGAGUGCCCGCCUUUCCGCUUUGCAACGCCUCGGUGCCCGCGCCUUACUGCCCAACACAGCGUCGCCGAAGCCACGGGAAUCUCUGAUCCCUAAGAAGAAGUCCACGGGCGACCCGGUGGAGCCCGCAUCCUUCCCUCUCCCUAAGGUCGAUGUGGUAGAGAUAGCGGCACUGAACAGACCCAUGGGCGGCAGCGAGGACCAAAUCAUCCCCAAUAGCGACGGAGAGGAUGAGGAGGACUUUGAUGAGAGCGCGCCUGUGUCGAAGCCUGACUUUUCGCGAUUUGCCUUUACAAGUGCAUAG